AUGUGGCAUUUUCUGAUUGCCGGCGUUUCCACUACCGCUUUUCUCGCAGCGUUCACCACUCUCUAUUGGUCGUGGACCUUUUACAAUGAGCUCAAUUCGUUCAACAGUGAAUUGAAGGCCGAGUUCAACGAUUGGAAGGAGGUUAGUGAUGACACCUGGAUGCGAUUAACCGAAAUGAGUUCUCGUAGUUCCCCGAAACAGACCAAUGUGAUGAUUCUCUUCAAGCGUGUCAAAAAGAGUAUCGAAUGUCAAUGUGCUCCACCUGCUAAUUAUUGUCCACCAGGACCACCAGGAGAUAAAGGAUCUACGGGGGAGCGCGGAAUUCCAGGACCUGACGGCGAGGAUGGAAGAGAUGGUGAGCCGGGACUUGAGAUCGAACAUGAGAAGCCGGAUGUCAAACAAUGUAUAAAGUGCCCCGCUGGACCUGCCGGGCCACCAGGUCCUCCGGGACCUUUGGGUCCACAAGGAGAGAAGGGCCCCGACGGUCCAAGUGGUCCACAGGGAGAGCAGGGAGCACCAGGACCUAUUGGAGAGAGCGGAGACAAAGGACCACGCGGAACCCCAGGAAGGCAAGGCCAACGCGGACCUUCUGGACUACCGGGAACUAUUGCUACCCCAGGUCUUCCGGGACGUCAGGGACCACAAGGACCAGUUGGGCCCACGGGAGAACAAGGAAAACCUGGAUUAAAUGGAAAAGAUGGUUCUAUGGGAGAGCCAGGGCAUCGUGGACAAAACGGAAGACCAGGAAAGAAAGGAAAGAAUGGACUCCCAGGAGUGCCUGGAACUCGAGGAGGACACGGAGAGGAUGCUGGAUAUUGCCCAUGUCCGGGAAGAUCUGUAUAA